CGUCUGGAUUGAACAUGGAUCAAACUUGAAGCCAGAGAAUUUGAAGUCGGGAAUCUGGGUUGAUUUCAAUAACAAAAACACAAUGCAUCAUUCCAAGUGGUCGAAAUACCUAAGCUUCACGUCGUCUCGCGAUUGGCUCUAUCGCUACUCGUUCGGUAACGCCGGUCUUCGUUCGAUCAAGACUGAUCUGGGCGAAGGCACCGUCAUGCACUGUUGGGUACCCAAAACACGCAACGCCUCAAGGCCCAAUAUACUCCUGGUUCAUGGAUUUGGUGCCAACGCGAUGUGGCAAUACGGUGAGCAUCUCCGGCACUUCACGUCUCGAUUCAAUGUGUAUGUGCCGGACCUCAUCUUCUUCGGCGAAUCGUACACGACGAGAAGGGAGCGGACGGAGUCGUUCCAGGCUGAAUCGGUGAUGAAACUGAUGGAGGCGCAUGGGGUAGGGAGGAUGAGCCUGAUAGGGAUAAGCUACGGUGGGUUCGUGGGGUACAGUAUGGCGGCGCAAUUUCCGGACAAAAUGGAGAAAUUGGUGUUGUGCUGCGCUGGGGUUUGCUUGGAAGAGAAAGAUUUGGAAGAUGGUUUCUUUAAUGUUUCGGAUUUGGAUGAGGCUUUGAGUAUAUUGUUGCCUCAGACGCCUGAGAAACUUAGGGACUUGAUGAAAUUCUCCUUCGUCAAGCCCAUGGGCAAGUGGCUGCCAAGCUUUUUUCUCUCCGAUUUCAUUGAUGUAAUGUGUACAGAUUAUCUACAAGAGAAGAGAGAGCUGCUGGUGACCAUACUAAAAGACAGAAAAAUCAGCAACAUUCCUAAGAUCACACAGAGCGUACUAAUAAUCUGGGGUGAAGAAGAUAAAAUAUUCCCCUUGGAACUUGGCUACAGAUUAAAAAGGCAUGUGGGGGAAAAUGCACAGAUUGUAGUGAUAAAGAACGCAGGGCAUGCAGUUAACUUAGAGAAGUCCAAGGAUUUCCUCAAGCACUUAAAAUCUUUCCUCUUUGAUUCUCAAUCAACCCCUCCCCCUCCCCUUUUCCCUAUUUUCAAUUCUAUAUGGUCUUAACUUCUUCUUCUUCUU